GCUUUUGCUGACAUUUUUAAGGAAGCAAUGGAAAUUCUUACAAGCCAAAAGCAUGUUAGGAAUUUCAAUUUUUUCUUACUUUCAUAGUAUCCUGUAUAUUGGUCUUUCUUUUGAAUAACUUCUUCCUAGCUGUUCCUUGGAUGCUAAGCGAACCUUCAUUAUCUCUAUUUUGAAGGGUGUGUGAGAUUUUAGCCAUUGACUGACCAUACAGAAGAGAAGAAGAAACUGAAAGAAUGGAGAAGACUGUGCUGAAGAAAAACUUUGUUCGGGGUAGAAGCUUAAUAGAUUUGGUAUUCUCUUGGUCUAUCAAUGAUAUUCUCAAUGAAGAUCUUUACAAAAAACAGGUGAGACAGAUUCCACAGACAUUUUCCUCCAUAUCAGAAUACAUGAAUUCAUUUAUUUAUCCACUUAUUGAGGAAACACAUGCUGAUUUGUUAUCAAGCAUGUCAACAUUGCCUCUAGCACCUAGCUGUGUUUUAUUGUCAUUGAAACAAGCUCGGGAAUAUGAACCACCCAAAGACUAUUUUUACCAUGUUACAAUUAAAAGUGUGAGUGAAUUGGAGAAUAAUAAUGGGACAUAUGAACCUAUGGUUGGAGACCUUAUUGCCUUGACAGACGUAAGACCAAAAUACAUUGAGGAUUUAGACAGACCCGACAGACCCUUUCUUGUUGCUUUAGUUCAAAGGGUGAAAGACGACAAUACUAUUACAAUAUUAGCCUCAAAGCCUAUCUUGGCAGAAGAACAAGAAAACAAGAAGAUGAAAACUCUUUAUGCUGUUUUCAUGAUAAACAUGACAACAAAUAUCCGUAUAUGGAGAGCAUUGAACUUUGAGCUGGAAGGUGAAAACAUAGACAUCAUUGGAAAAGUGCUGCAACCAAACUCUGCUGAAGCUAAAAUAUGUACUACUUGCAUUUCUGAAAGAAGUUGCAGUACUGCCUAUGCAGAUACGAGGUCCAUAAUUUGCUUUUAUGAUUUAAAUGACUCCCAGAAAGAUGCAGUUCUUAGCUGUUUGGAAACUAGGGAAUGCAAGCAUCAGAAUACUGUUAAACUAAUAUGGGGCCCUCCGGGAACUGGGAAAACCACAACAGUUGGUGUGCUAUUAUUCUCUCUGCUUAGAAUGAAAUGCAGAACUCUUACAUGUGCCCCAACGAAUACUGCAGUUUUGGAAGUGACACAGCGCCUUCUAAAGAAUGUAACACAGUCACUUGAAUAUGAUACCUAUGGGCUUGGAGAUAUACUUUUAUUUGGAAAUAGGGAGCGAAUGAAGAUUGAUGAUCGUUAUGACCUUCUGGAUGUAUUUCUUGAUAACCGAGUUAGUAUACUGUAUGAAUGCCUUGUUCCAUCAACUGGUUGGAAAGAUAGCCUAUUAUCAAUGAUUAGUUUGCUCAAGGACCCUAAAAGGGAAUAUCAUUUGUAUUUGAAAACUAGAAGAGUGGUAGAAUAUGAGGAGGAUGAAAAUGAUGGUAUAUCUGAAAAUAAAGGGAUAAAUGUUAAUCAAGGGAAGGAGAUUGAUGAUCAAUCCUCAAAAGACAAGAAGAGCAAGAAAAAUUUGAGGAAAGUUAUCAUUCAAACCUUAAAUGAAAACAAAAACAAGAAAACACAGAAGGAGACGAGGCCUUUGUGGAAAGAAAAGAAAUUAGCGCACAAGGAAAUAGAAAGUAGGGAUAAUUCUUCCCAAGAUAAGAAAAACAAAGGACAGGGAACUGAUGAAUGUGACACUCCUUUGACAUUUGAGGAGUUUUUACAGAAGAGAUUCAAUUGCAUUUCAAAGCGUCUGACAUAUUGUAUUGAAAAUUUGUAUACACACUUACCUACUUCUUUUAUUUCAUUAGUGGUGGUAAAGAAGAUGAUUAAAGCUCUUGAUUUCCUCAAAUCUCUUGAAACUUUGUUGUGUGCUGUCAGUGUUACUGACAAAGGGUUAUUAGAGAAAGUCUUCAGCAAGAAUGUAGGAACUGGACUUGGUCACUUAAGAGAGUUGAGUAUUGUGAGAAAUGAGUGCCUUCGUGUACUUAUAUCUCUUCCUCAAAAAUUCCCAGUUCCAGAUUUUGAAGACGAGUAUGAUAUAAAAGAAUUCUGCCUGCAAUAUUCUUGUCUGAUUUUCUGCACUGUAUCAAGCUCUGCUAAAUUGCAUGAAGUAAUGGCUGAUCUGGAACUACUGGUUAUAGAUGAAGCUGCUCAGCUUAAGGAAUGUGAAUCAACCAUUCCUUUACGACUUCCUGGAAUCCGCCAUGCUAUUCUUGUUGGGGAUGAACGGCAAUUGCCUGCGAUGGUUAAAAGCAAGAUUUCUGAGGAAGCUGAAUUUGGAAGAAGUUUGUUUGAGAGGCUAGUAUUGCUAGGACACAAGAAACACCUUCUUAAUGUCCAGCAUAGGAUGCAUCCAUCCAUAAGCUUAUUUCCAAAUAAGAAGUUCUAUGAAAAUCAGAUUUUAGAUGGCCACAAUGUCAAAGGAGGAAGCUACGAGAGGAAUUUUCUUCAAGGGAAGAUGUACGGCUCCUAUUCUUUCAUAAAUGUACCACAUGGAAAAGAGGAAUUCAAUAACAGCCAUAGUCUGAAAAAUAUGGUUGAGGCUGCUGUAGCGUCUGAGAUAGUUUCAAGCCUUUUCAAAGAAUCAGUUCGCACAAAGAAGAAGGUCAGAGUUGGUAUCAUCUCACCAUACAAGGCUCAAGUCCUUGCAAUUGGAGAGAAGGUGAAAAACUACAGUGCAGAUCCUAAUGAUGACUUCUCCAUUUGUGUUCGCUCUAUUGAUGGAUUCCAGGGUGGUGAGGAGGAUCUGAUAAUUAUCUCUACUGUCAGAUGUAAUAAGAAUGGAAUAGUUGGUUUUCUUAAAAAUCAUCAAAGAACAAAUGUGGCACUAACGCGUGCAAGGCAUUGCCUUUGGAUAUUGGGAAAUGAAGCUACUUUAACUAAAAGGUGCACUAUUUGGAAGGAGUUAGUCAUUGAUGCCAAGAAACGGAGGUGUUUCUACAAUGCCAAUGAAGACAAGGGCUUGGCUCAGGCUAUUACAGUUGCCUUGGUUGAAUGUGACCAAAUGCACAUUUUAUUCAACAUGGAUUCUUCCCUGUUCAGGAAAGCAAGAUGGAGGGUCUCCUUCGGCAAUGAUUUUUUGAAAUCUAUGUCAAGAGUUAAAGAUGCUGAGACCUGUAAAGAAGUGCUUACUUUAUUGGAAAAUCUUGCAAAUGGUUGGCGUCAAUCUCUCAGGAAGAAAAACCUCUAUGUCCAUCAUGGAACUUCUUCCCAAUUAUUAGAGCAGUACAAGGUCAAAGGUUUGCUGCAUCUUGUUUGGACUGUAGACAUUCUCAAGGAAAAUUCAUACUACAUUCAGAUUCUGAAGUUCUGGGACAUUUUGCCAUUAGCUGAAAUUCCAAAACUAGCAAAUCAUCUUGAUGUCUUAUUUGAGAACUAUACUUUGAAAAAGAUGAAUCGCUGCAAAUACAAAUGUCUCGAUGGGUGUUUAGUUGUUCCAAUGCGAUGGCCAGUCAACUUAAGUAGUUGUCCUGAAGCUGAUCCUUUAUUGUCACUUUCAGAACCAUUAGCUUCACUCAGUCUCAGGGAUGAGUCAGAAUCAUCAUCUACUACUUAUAGAAAUAAUUCAAAGUACACAAUGGGGAGAAGUGUUGUUACAAAUAGGUGGCCAAGAAAUUUGCCUAGUUACUAAUCAGGUACAUUUACCUUUUUAAUUGCAUAAUUGCAGAGUUCCUCAGUUUGCAAAGAUACUGGCAUAAUUAUAUUUCUUCUUCUUGUUAUAAGAUGCCUUUGAGAAAUACAAACUAGGCAGGGCAAGGUGUACAUUGGAAAAAGCUCAUUCAUCUGAUGUAUACAUAUUUUCUCUUAUUGUGUGUGGGUACUACGGAGGAUACGUAUUAUUAGAUAUUGCCACUUGUUGGGCAUUAGGCCUACGUAUCACAUGGUCAGCCAAUGCACAAAAAUGUUGACUUGAAGGCUGGAGCACAACGAUGUGGAAAUAUUUUUUUGGUUUACUUGGGCAAUGUUUCCAACAUAUAUCCACACACACACACACACAAAACCCUCUGUUUCCUAUCUUUUUGGCAAGGUGGUAUUAUGUGUAAUCCUUACAUUUAGAAAGUCACAAUGUUUGACAUGACCAGCAAAUACAAAAUUAACACGGCAUGGUUUUUUUGGGUUAGCAUUCAAUGUAAAUGGAUUCAUG